CCGGGAUAUAAUAUCCAGCCCGGUUGGGCAGUUGCGGCCGGGCGACGGUGCGCGCCUGAGCGGGGAACAUGGACUGCGCCAGCCUCUGGCUAGGGCUGCUGCUGCCCGUGGUAGCUGCGCUGGACUUCAGGUACCACCACCAGCAAGAGAUGGAAGCAUUUUUGAAGAAGGUUGCCCAAGACUACAGUUCUAUCACUCACUUACACAGUAUCGGGAAAUCUGUAGAAGGCAGAAACCUGUGGGUUCUCGUCGUGGGGCACUCUCCAAAGGAACACAGAAUUGGGAUUCCAGAAUUCAAAUACGUGGCGAAUAUGCAUGGAGAUGAGUCUGUAGGGCGGGAACUGCUGCUCCAUUUCAUUGAAUAUCUUGUAACCAGUAAUGGAAGAGACCCUGAAGUCACAAAUCUAAUCAACAACACCCGGAUACACAUCAUGCCGUCAAUGAACCCAGAUGGAUUCGAAGCUGUUCUAAACCCUGACUGUUUUUACAAUAAGGGAAGGGAAAAUAGUAACUCCUAUGACCUGAAUAGAAAUUUCCCCGAUGCCUUUGAAUUCAACAACGUAUCGAGGCAGCCUGAAACGGUGGCAGUCAUGAAGUGGCUGAACACAGAGACAUUUGUCCUCUCUGCCAACCUCCACGGUGGUGCCCUGGUGGCCAGUUACCCAUUUGAUAAUGGUGUUCCAGCAACUGGGACGUUAUACUCCCGGAGCUUAACCCCUGAUGAUGAUGUGUUUCAAUAUCUUGCACAUACCUACGCUUCAAAAAAUCCUGACAUGAAGAAAAGAAAGCCGUGUAAAACUAAAAUAGAUUCUCCUAGUGGGAUUGUAAAUGGAUACUUUUGGUAUCCCCUCAAAGGUGGAAUGCAAGAUUACAACUACAUCUGGGCCCAGUGUUUUGAAAUUACAUUGGAGCUGUCGUGCUGUAAAUAUCCUCGAGAGGAGAAGCUUCCAGGCUUCUGGAACGAUAACAAAGACUCACUGCUCGAAUACAUGAAACAAGUGCACAUAGGUGUAAAGGGUCAAGUGUUUGAUCAGAAUGAGACUCCCUUACCCAAUGUAAUUGUAGAAGUCCAAGACAGAAAACAUAUUUGCCCUUACAGAACCAACAAAUUUGGAGAGUAUUACCUCCUUCUCUUGCCUGGGUCCUAUGUAAUAGAGGUUACCGUCCCUGGACACAACCCACAUCUCACAAAGGUGACUAUUCCCCCCAAAUCCCAGAACUUCAGUGCUCUUAAAAAGGAUAUUUUACUUCCAUUCAGAGGGCAAUUGGAUCAUAUCCCAGAAUCAAAUCCUUUAUGUCCUAUGAUUCCUCUUUACAGAGAUUUGCAAGGCCACUCAGUUGCAACAAAGCCCAGUCUGUUCUUAUUUUUAGUGACUCUUUUUCACAUAUUGUUCAAAUAAAACAAAAUGUGAAACUCAACCCCCAUCACCACCUGGAAUCAGGGAUUACUCAAGCCAGGUUGCUGCAACUCUUACUCCCUCUGUGGGACACCUCGACUGGUUAAAUGCCACAGUCCUUCCCUAAGAAGAGAAAUGGUUGUUUCUAAAACCUGCAACAAGCCACGUAUGGUGAUAAUGGAAGGAAUGAUUUAGUCUUGAUGGAAGACAUCUACCCAUCAAAUACCACCCACUUACACUUAAUCUUGAAGUAUUCUUAGAAAUUUGUGAGAAGUUAAACUUGAGAAGCAAAAAAGAAGUUCCUGCAAGAAAAAAAAAAAAAAAGAAGGAACAAGGAACUAAUUUUGUAUACAGAGAGCCAAAUGAAUAUAAGCAAUGAAGAUGAACAUUUACUGAUCACCUACUACAUACAAGACCUUGUCAUGUGUGCUACAUGUGACAAGAUGGUGCCAUAUAUAAUUUUCAGUGCAAGGACAAGUGAUGAUAGGACUGGGAAUAUUAAGGUUUGCCAAUGUUUUAAGAAAAUAUAAGAAAAAAACAGGCAACCAUAUCUCAGUGGUCCAAGAAUAUAUGGAUCUGAUGGGAUGAUAAAUUUGUCUACAGAGCCCCCAAAUAAUAGAUCAAUUAAGUUAGGGUCCCUGCCUUUCUGCAACUGGUGACACAGUCUUUGGUUAUGUCAACGACCUCCAAAUGCCUGAGCUCCAGACUCAGGUCUGACUCUCCACUGGAUGUAUCUAUGUGGACGUGACCCAUUGAUGCCUCAAACUCAACAUGUUGAAAACUGAACAUACUUUUCUCCCCAGAGUUGCUCUUCCUCCUGCAUUCUCUUUCUCAUACUGAGAGCACCAAACUAGAAGCCCGGGAGUCACCCGUGAUAACUCCACCUCCUCCUCCUCCUCCAUUCCAUGUCUUCACUCACUAUAGACUGAUGGUAUUUGUGCAUGUUGAUUGAUUCUGCCCUCUCGCGUGGCUACUAACAUUGCCAGGUUUGGGCCAUCAUAGCUCACCUGCACCACAGCCAACAGCCUUACUGGUCUUUUGCUCCCAGCCUCCUUCUCUUCAAAUCCCACCUCCACACAGCUCUGGGGAAAAGGACCUAUUUAAAACAAAAAUCAACAAUCAACUCUUUGUAGUUCCUACACACAUAACAUGCUGUGUUCCUCUGUGUAAGAAAUGCCAUCCUGGAGUUCCCCUUGUCGCUCCACGGUUAAUGAACCUGACUAGCAUCCAUGAGGACAUGGGUUCGAUCCCUGGCCUCACUCAGUGGGUUAAAGAUCCAGCAUUGCCAUGAGCUGUGGUGUAGGUUGCAGACAUAGCUCGGAUCCUGAGUUUCUGUGGCUGUGAUGUAGUCCGGUGGCUACAGCUCCAAUUGGACCCCUAGCCUGGAAACUUCCAUAUGCCAUGGGUGUGGCCCUAAAAAGACAAAAAAAAAAAGAAAAAGAAAAAGAAAAAAAAGAAAUGCCAUCCUGACCCACUACCUUUUCUUUCCCACUCCUCCUUUUAAAAUUCAGUUCAGGUAUCAACUCCCCUAGGAAACGUUUGCUGACCACUGUCCCAUUCCACUCAGUUUCACCCCCUCCUGGUCAGUCUGGGGGCCCUGCCUCUCUGUUCCCCAAAUUAAACAGGGACCCUCUGUUUUGGCAUUUAUAACACUGUAUUAUGAUUGUCUGCUUCCAUGUGUGAGUUCCUCUGGUAGAGUGUGAGGUCUCUGAAACCAAGGUCUAUUUAAUUUAUUUGAAAAACUUACUAUCCUCAGUUCCUAGCACAUGGUGAGACCUGAACAAAUGAAUAAAGAUAUCCAGAAACCUGCUACUCUUAAAACAUUAUGUGUAAAACUUGGUGAGGGGUGAGAGGGUAUCAAACAGAAAAAAAAUAGCAACACUGGUAAGCAAAUUUCUGAAUGCUAUGUAUUACUCAUGGAAAGUGAGUUGCCUUGGCUCUUUAAAUUGAAAGUUCUGUAGCAUCUGGAAAAACGAUAGUGGGUUUGGUACAUGCUUGGUGAUACAUGGGCAUUUAGGAGCUACUCCUGUGCCAGGUUUAUUCUGCAUGCACAAAAUCAUACAUGUUAAUAUAAGCAAAAUGUAUAGCCUUCUUUUAAAUCUGGUAAUAACCUGAGUAUCUUGAUCAUUUUUAUUUAAAUAAGCAAUAAUUAUAUGGUUGAAAGUAUAAAUAUGUUACAGAAAAUUAUUUUGGUAUAUCAGAUAAAAGUGUAUAAAACUCAACUUACCAUCAAGUGCUAAACAAUUUUCAAUCAGACAUUCUAACUUUUCCUUUUCUAAGACAGUGAAUUUUGAAGAGAGGCACACGAACCAAAAUUUGAUUUGGUUCCUCAUAAGCCUUCAUGUAAAUUUCUUAAGGAAAUAGUUUUAAAAUCAGAAUUUUUUAUCAGAAUCAAGCUUAAAACCAUUUAGUGACAAGCAAAACAAUUUAAUUUCCAAUCUGAAUGUAAACCAAACAUGAAUUUAGUUCAGAGCAGGUUUGGGGUACUUAUUUUGCAGCUACAAUUCUGUGCUUAAAAGGGAAGUUUGUCUCAAGGAUUUGGUCUGGUGGAAUCCAGUCAUGCCCUCCACUCAUCACGUGACGUGUUCAAGAGGAGAAAUGACCAUGGCAUUCUGACGACAGGGGGACCAGGUCCCCAGAUCUCCCUGCGUAACACCUUUCCUACUGUGGUCCACCCUCUUAGGCUGGUGAUUAUGCUCCUUAGGUUCUAAGUUCAGGUAUAACUCCUUUUACGGAGACACUAACAUGGCAAAGGUUUUCGAAAGAGGAGAAAAGAUAGCAUGUGCAAUAAAAUGAUCAUGAGACGGCAAGAGCCCUGUGAGCCAAGCCACCCUGUGUUCAGUUUCCUUACCUGUGAAAUGAAGGUCUCUGCUUGACUGUGAUGCUGUGACUGUCACUAGCAGUGGAGUAAGAUGCCACACUCUGGUGCCUGUUUUGGGUACCUGAGCAGGUGGAGGGAAGAUUAUUAACACUCAAGGGACACACAUAUUUUGACAGCAGUAUAAUAUAACUUAUUAGAGACCAGUAAGCAGAAUUGGCUGAAAAACUAAAAUACUGGCUAGCUGGAAUGCUCAUUUAAUGAUAUUUAAGGAAACAUUCAUGAAAUAACACUGCUUUCUCUCAUGUACCUCCUCACAUUAUAAUAAGUGUGAACAUAAAUGAAUUUAAAUGGUGGGGAGUAUUUUAGAGAAAUGUCAAGGCCCUGCAGAUAAGUGUCAGUGUUGAUUUUGGUGCUUAAUUUACCACAGACUUGAGCUGUUGGAUGUAUCACAAAUGUUAAAGAGCCUCUUCUCAAUAUUUCUUAAAGCCUAAGAAAUCAGCAUUUUUGUUCCAGAAGCAAAUUUGCAUUUGUAGUUUCUUUAAAUGUAUGAAAGAGGCUAGCUCUCCCUUUAGAAAGUAAAAAUAUCUCGCACUGGAUUAGAAAUAUCUUUUCUGGGGAGUUCCCAUUGUGGCACAGCAGAAACAAAUCUGACUAGAGACCAUGAGAUUGCAGGUUAGAUCCCUGGCCUCGCUCAGUGGGUUAAGGAUCCGGCAUUGCCAUGAACUGUGGUGUAGGUCGCAGACACGGCUCGAAUCUGGCGUUGCUGUGGCUGUGGUGUAGGCCAGCAGCUGUAGCUCCGAUUAGACCCCUAGCCUGGCAACCUCCAUAUGCUACUGGUGCGGCCCUGAAAAGACAAAAGACAAAAAAAAGAAAAAUCUUUUCUUAGGGAAUCUAGAAAAACGAGCGUCGCAUAUUAUCUUAUUGUAAUGGGGAAGUUGCUUUUUGAGAAACAUGUUCAUAUUCUACACAGUGAUAAUCCAGUCGCCUAUUUUAUGACAUUUAGCUUGGCAGGAGGCAGGGGAAGGAUGAUGUGGUUAAAGAGAAAAAGUUCACAGCACCUAAAGUAGAAAUUCGGGGAAAGUCUAACCUCAUUGUAAACCUUACAUUGUAUCACUGAUAAACAGAUACUGUACUGUAUUGCUCACGAACCACCUUAUCAUACUUUGGAGUAUGAACUAUUCACCAGCCUUUUAUAGAUGUUGCAUAAACUGAUUUUACAAGUUUUCUCAGUGACUUUCUUUUGUACUAUGAGAACUUAAAAUGCCUAAAGUGUCUAAGACUAUAAAGUUUUUGUGGGGGGUAGAGGCCAUGACUACCUCUGAAUUCAGUCAUUCAGUAAAAUCAGAAUAUUUCUGAUUCUCAAUAAAGAAUUAAUAUUCAUAUAAACAGUGAA